AUGGGACGAGGAAUAAGAGGCGGUGAGGGCGAGCCUGCUGGGCCCCGCCGCCACUCGCAACUCCUUCGGGAUCGACCCGCUGUAGGUGGCAGCAUGUCAGGUCAGGGGCGGGUUCCGGCCUCUGUGGACGUGACAGCUGGCAUGCUCGCCGUGCAGCUGCAGGACCCGGACCUCUGGCGCUUCGCAAACUGCCCCACAUGGCCGCCCCACAUGGAUCCGCCUCUCCCCCCAUUCGUGCUCCGCCAGUCAUAUGCAACCGUCAUCAUUAGGUUCGUGAGUGGCCUGUCACACAGACUCUGUGUGACAAUACCAGCACUGGGUCGGUCGGUGGUGAGGGUGGCGGCACACAUGGGCAUCCCGAGACUGCUGGUGGAUGUGCGGAAUUGUAAGGCUCGUCUCAGUAGGCCUUGGCUUGGCCCACAUUCGCCUGCUGCAGCUGCCGGUGCUGUUGCGACUGGCUGUCACUCAGGUGGCAGCAUGGCAGGUCAGGGCCCGGGUCCCGGCUUCCGUGGACGUGACAGCUGGCAUGCUCGCCGUGCAGCGGGCAGGACCCGGACCUCUGCCCUGGCCCACAAUACCCUGCUCCAGCUGCUGCAGCUGAAGCUCCCCGUACCAUGCUUCCGCUCCCCGUACCAUGCUUCCUCUCCCCGUACCAUGCUUCCUCUCCCCGUACCAUGCUUCCUCUCCCCGUACCAUGCUUCCUCUCCCCGUACCAUGCGUCCUCUCCCCGUACCAUGCUUCCUCUCCCCGUACCAUGCUUCCUCUCCCCGUACCAUGCUUCCUCUCCCCGUACCAUGCGUCCUCUCCCCGUACCAUGCUUCCUCUCCCCGUACCAUGCUUCCUCUCCCCGUACCAUGCUUCCUCUCCCCGUACCAUGCUUCCGCUCCCCGUACCAUGCUUCCUCUCCCCGUACCAUGCUUCCUCUCCCCGUACCAUGCGUCCUCUCCCCGUACCAUGCUUCCUCUCCCCGUACCAUGCUUCCUCUCCCCGUACCAUGCUUCCGCUCCCCGUACCAUGCUUCCUCUCCCCGUACCAUGCUUCCUCUCCCCGUACCAUGCGUCCUCUCCCCGUACCAUGCUUCCUCUCCCCGUACCAUGCUUCCUCUCCCCGUACCAUGCUUCCUCUCCCCGUACCAUGCUUCCGCUCCCCGUACCAUGCUUCCGCUCCCCGUACCAUGCUUCCUCUCCCCGUACCAUGCUUCCUCUCCCCGUACCAUGCGUCCUCUCCCCGUACCAUGCUUCCUCUCCCCGUACCAUGCUUCCUCUCCCCGUACCAUGCUUCCGCUCCCCGUACCAUGCUUCCUCUCCCCGUACCAUGCUUCCUCUCCCCGUACCAUGCUUCCGCUCCCCGUACCAUGCUUCCUCUCCCCGUACCAUGCUUCCUCUCCCCGUACCAUGCUUCCUCUCCCCGUACCAUGCUUCCGCUCCCCGUACCAUGCUUCCUCUCCCCGUACCAUGCUUCCUCUCCCCGUACCAUGCUUCCUCUCCCCGUACCAUGCUUCCUCUCCCCGUACCAUGCUUCCGCUCCCCGUACCAUGCUUCCUCUCCCCGUACCAUGCUUCCUCUCCCCGUACCAUGCUUCCGCUCCCCGUACCAUGCUUCCUCUCCCCGUACCAUGCUUCCGCUCCCCGUACCAUGCUUCCUCUCCCCGUACCAUGCUUCCUCUCCCCGUACCAUGCUUCCUCUCCCCGUACCAUGCUUCCUCUCCCCGUACCAUGCUUCCGCUCCCCGUACCAUGCUUCCUCUCCCCGUACCAUGCUUCCGCUCCCUGUACCAUGCUUCCUCUCCCCGUACCAUGCUUCCUCUCCCCGUACCAUGCUUCCGCUCCCCGUACCAUGCUUCCUCUCCCCGUACCAUGCUUCCUCUCCCCGUACCAUGCUUCCUCUCCCCGUACCAUGCUUCCGCUCCCCGUACCAUGCUUCCUCUCCCCGUACCAUGCUUCCUCUCCCCGUACCAUGCUUCCGCUCCCUGUACCAUGCUUCCUCUCCCCGUACCAUGCUUCCUCUCCCCGUACCAUGCUUCCGCUCCCUGUACCAUGCUUCCUCUCCCCGUACCAUGCUUCCUCUCCCCGUACCAUGCUUCCGCUCCCCGUACCAUGCUUCCUCUCCCCGUACCAUGCUUCCGCUCCCCGUACCAUGCUUCCGCUCCCCGUACCAUGCUUCCUCUCCCCGUACCAUGCUUCCUCUCCCCGUACCAUGCUUCCGCUCCCCCUCCUGCCGCCGCAUUUACGUUCUCAGCUGCCGGCGUCUCAAUCGCCGCGACCUAUCCGCCGUCGCCACUACUCUCGCACCGCUUUUCUUCCUUGCGGGGCAUUUCGCCGCCGCCGCCGCUGCUUCUCUCGACGCGGGGCAUUUCGCCGCCGCCGCCACUGUUCCCACUCGCCGCGGGGCAUUUCGCCGCCGCCGCCACUGCUCCCACUCGCCGCGGGGCAUUUCGCCGCCGCCGCCACUGCUCCCACUCGCCGCGGGGCAUUUCGCCGCCGCCGCCUCUGCUCCCACUCGCCGCGGGGCAUUUCGCCGCCGCCGCCACUGCUCCCACUCGCCGCGGGGCAUUUCGCCUCCGCCGCCACUGCUCCCACUCGCCGCGGGGCAUUUCGCCUCCGCCGCCACUACUCCACUCGCCGCGGGGCAUUUCGCCGCCGCCGCCACUGCUCCCACUCGCCGCGGGGCAUUUCGCCGCCGCCGCCACUGCUCCCACUCGCCGCGGGGCAUUUCGCCUCCGCCGCCUCUACUCACUCGCUGCGGGCAAUUUGCCGCCGCCACUGCCUCUCCUCGCUGCAAGACACUUCGCCGCGGCUGCUCCUACUCUCCCUCGCCGCCAAGCACUUAGCUACUGCCUCAUCUCUUCCUCCCCGCCGCUCCCUCGACCCUUCCCCCCCCCCCCAUUGCUUCCGCCCACCGUUUCCUCUCCCGCUGCCUCUCUCAUACUAUCUCUGCUCUCCGCCUCUCCUGCCACGCUACUGCUCCCAAUCCUCUCCCACAAUUUCAACACUCUCUCCAUUGAUCGGCUCGAGCUCGCUCCCGAUCAGAGCGCUAUCAACUGGUACUCCUACACAGGGAGCAUGCGCCACCUCCUCGGCGUCAUCCACAUCCCCAACACCUCCUCCACCCUCCUCGACCUUGUCCUCCGCCAUGCUGCCGCUCUCCCGCCAACGCCCCCUAUGUCCCCUGGAUCGGCCCCCACUCUCCCGCCUGACCCUGGACCUGAACCUGACGAACCAGAUCUGCCCGCUGCCUCCACGGAUCCUGUUCGCCAAGCCGCUGAUGAAGCAGCCUACGAUCUCGAGCGGCGUCGGUUCCUCACGCUCCGAGCGGACCAUCGUGCGGCUCGCGAGCAAUACGACAUGCGCCAAGCUGCCAUAAUAAAUCACCGCACCAUGGCUGACCGCUACACUCUCGCGCUCGCUGAAUAUACCGCUAAAGCUGCUGCUUGGAAGGAAUCUGACCUUUCUGCCUCUAAUAUUAUCCUUGGUGGUCUCCCCCCCGCUCUAAUGCGAGACUUUCAGGAACAAGAGCUUCCCGCACCUGCCCUUUGGGCCUCCCUUCACGCCAUGUUUGAGCGCCAUGACGUCAACUCCGUGGGGCUGCUCCUUGACGAAUACUGGGAGACAACGCUCGCAACCUGCACUGGUGCCGUCGCCUACACCGGCCGCAUGACCUCUCUCGCCAAGCGACUUAAGGCUCGCCAGUCCGAACUCCCCCAGUUCAUCCAGAUAGAUCGUCUUCUCCGCGGUCUCAACCCGUCCUACGACAUGCACGUCAUUGCCUUCCGCGAAAAUCAGCCGUUUGCGGAUGUUGCUGCUGUCGUUCAAUGGAUCAUUAACACCGAAACCCGCCUCCUUCGUACCAACCCGCCUUCUCUCAACACGGCUCAAGCACCCGCGCCAGAACUCAACGCCACCCAGACACGCGGUGGUGGGCGUGGUGGUGGUCGCGGUGGCGGACGUGGAGGUGGGCGUGGUGGCGGCCGUGGUGGUGGACGUGGUGGCACCUUUGGUGGACGCACUCCUUCUGGCACGGGCGGCCCUGGAGGAAGUGGACGUGGUGCCGCAGCCGCACCAGCAGCCACAGCAGCCGCCCUGGGGAGGUGGGGGAGGCGCAGCCGCCACAGCAGCGGCAGCGGCAGCAGCAGCAGCAGCAGCAGCAGCAGCAGCAACUGCCGCCUGGCAGCAGCAACCUCUUGGCUUCGGUUCUGCCGCCACCGCCGCCCAUACCUCCCCAGCUGA